AGCAACCGCCGUUGUCCGGGAAGUCUCCUUUGCACUUUCCUAGGGACUUUCCCAGGCACCACGGCUGGCUUUGCCUUCUCCGCAGGGUUCCAGUAGGGAGACUCCGUAUAAAGGCAGCCUCCUGUCCCUGGCAGGCAGCGACCGCAGCUCUGCUCCACCAGAACCCAGGGCUGCACCUGUCCUGUCCCUGGGCGCUGACUCUGACCCUCUCCUGGCACUGCAGCACCAUGAAGCUCCUCUCGGGCCUGCUUCUCUGCUCCUUGGUCCUGGGAGUCAGCAGCCAACGUUGGUUCUCCUUCAUCGGUGAGGCCACUCAAGGGGCAUGGGACAUGUGGAGAGCCUACUCCGACAUGAGAGAAGCCAAUUACAUAAAUGCAGACAAGUACUUCCACGCUCGGGGCAACUAUGACGCUGCCCAAAGGGGCCCUGGGGGUGUCUGGGCUGCCAAGGUCAUCAGUGACGCCAGAGAGGACCUUCAGAGACUCAUGGGCCACGGAGCAGAGGACUCGAUGGCUGACCAGGCUGCCAACGAAUGGGGCCGCAGUGGCAAAGACCCCAACCACUUCCGACCCAAGGGUCUGCCCGACAAAUACUGAGCUCCCUGCUCUGCUGCCCCUGAGGACUGGGACCCAGAGUGCUGAGUCCCGUGUGCGUGAAGCUGGUGGCGGGCACACAACUGGUGUCUAAUAAAUGUGUAUGAGACUGAA